AUGUCGCCCAACUCGUCCCCCAAGCCGGCUAAUGACGAGGCCGACUUGGUCGAGGACGUCGACGAACCCCCUGAACACGUCAUGCACGCCACGCGGAUGAAUUCCGAUCAAAUUGUGCUUUCACGGCCAUUGGCGAACCGCAAGGAAUCACUUCUCACACGCGCUUUAAGGAGCAGCCCGGAGAUAUCCUACCCUCACAGCAACAUCAGCGGCGUCUCCACGGCCGAGUUGACCAGCGACGGCGGCUUCACAAGUCCAUCCUUAUCUAAUACACCUAGCCCGCCCCUACCACAUCAGAUGAUGGGAAAUGCCGCGAUGAUGGGAAAGAAAGAUACAACCCCUAAAUUGAAGGUGGUUGAUGCCAGUGAAACUUCUGUCGAGGCUAACCUUGGCCGUAAGCGAUGCAUUAGCUUCGCUUGUGGUCGUAAGACCGAAGAUAAGAAUGAGCGGAGUUCUCAUGUCUCACCCUCUUCGUCACAAGAACUUCCACCCAAGGCAGAAGCACCGAAGGAGAAUCCCACGGAGGAAGCCUCGAUUCAACCCCUCAAGCGCAAAACCACACUCACUUUCGUGUGCCCUGGACGGGAGACUGUCUGCCAGAGAGAGCGAUCCCCGGAACGCAAACCCUCCCGGCCACGAUGCCGUGGCUCCCCUGCACCUGUUUUUCGCAGAGCGUCUCCCACCCUGCGGGAAACCCCUAAAGAGGUUUCGAAGGAGGCUGUCUCUGCGUCCACAGGCCACAAGGGUGUUCCGACCAGUGGACUGGGCAAAUUCGAGGAAUCCGAAGCCACCCGGUUCCACGAAUUUGCUAGCUCCAUGGACGAGGAUGAUGAAUGGGUGAACAGGGAAGCCGACUAUACGCAAAAGAUUACUCUGAAUGAUUGUAUGAAGAAAGAAAUGGCCAUCCGACGGCUCGGCGAGCAGGCAGAAGAGGAGGCAUUGGAGGAGGAAGAGGAUAUGGAUGACCUUCCUGAUGACGACUCGACUGUGCACGACUUUUCUUCGGACGACGGUAAUGAAUCAGACAACGAGGCAGGCUUCGCGGAGUCGGACGAGAGCGACGAUGAUGGCUCUGACAUUGAAUUUUGGGGUUCAUCACACCGUACUCCAGAACCAAACAGUCAACCUCUUGAUACACGCCCUUCGGCUAUGGAACGUCGUGCCUCAAACACAUCUGUCGACUCGAUUGCGGAGGAUCACUCGAACUGGCUUCCAGCCCCUGUGCAAAGGAUUGGUACCCGUCGCGCUUCGAAGACCUCUAAGAGUAUCAACAUUCGUCCAAGGACCCCAAACCUUCCUGAUAGUACCGACUUUGUCUGUGGAACUCUCGACGAGGAUCGUCCCCUCGAACUUGCCUAUAAAUCUUGCCUCGAGGAACGGCGUCGCCUAAAGGAAGUCAUCAUCCCUCAGGAUAUCGACCCCAGCUUCCCCACCAGCGAUCCGGAGGACAAUGAAGACCUGGAGCCAUCUGAGGAAGAGCUUUCCAGUGUUCCCUCCGCAACAGGUCGCCGUGAUGAAAACAUCCGAGGACGUCCCAAGGGUGAGGCUCGCAAGCAAUCGCCCCGCCAUUCUCCCAGACGUUUGAUGUCUCCACCACCCCGCCGUACUGGCCGCGUCUCUCCCAAGCGUCUCAAGUCGCCUCCCCCACGUAUGAGAGCAAAGUCCCCCAUCCCAACCCCGUGGCAAUUUACCGAGGAAAUGCACAUUGUUGAGUCACCCGAAGGUCUAAACAUCAGCCACCUGGUGCAGCGCCGUCCUCUCGUCCGUACCAAGUCACUUCCCCGUGUCCCCAAUCCUUUCUUCACCGGCCUGGACAAAGAUCACCGAUGGCAAGGUAUCCCGGCAUUCUGUGAAUCGCCAGAGGAUGAACCCUCACGUGCUCGUGAGCUACACACUCGUGGCCCAGUCGACAUUGUCGAAGGGCUCGAGAAAAAGCGCCAGAAACGCAAAGAAAAGUUCUGGCGUCAACACUGCCGCAAAGCUGCCAAAGAGCAGAUGGGCAAACGGCCUGUUCCAGGCCAUGGAGCCGAACGGAUGAAGGAGCUUGGCCUCGAAGUUGCUGAGAGGUGCAGAGCUUACGGCGUCGGUCAAGACGCCCAGCUCGUCCUAUCCGUUUAG